AACCUUGUGGUCUGCACAACUUUAUGAUUCUAGACGGUUGACCUUAUUAUAUUGGUUACCUUGUCAAAUUUUGUCUCCAUCUGUUUGAUCAAUUGCCCCAACCAAAUAUACCCACCAAUUGCAACAUUCAAUUCAAACUUCAACAAAACCUACCUCACAAGAGUUCCAAGACAACAUUCCAAAACAUAAACACCCACAUGUCGAUAUAAAUAUAAAUACCUCAUUGAAGCAUCAACAACUUGUUACCAUAGAAAAAUGUCCCUCCAAACACUCAUUUUCACACCUCUUUUGGUUCUACUCAUGAGUAUCCAUUCUCACGCUCUUCUCGACCCUUCUAAUCGGAAAUAUGCACCAAGCAAGGGAAGUGUUAGAGUUGCGUAUUGGCCUUCGGGUGAUGACCUUUCACCUUCUUCCAUCGACACCAAGUACUUCACUCACAUAUACUACGCAUUCAUCCAACAACACCCUCAACUUUUCCACCUUAGCGUCACCGAAUCCGAGAAAAAAUGGAUUCCACAAUUCAUCAACGGCCUCCGCCACCGUUACCCGCCGGUUAAAACUCUCUUGUCAAUUGGCGGAGGUGGCAGCAACUCCACCGCCUUCUCCCUCAUGGCCAGCACCCAACACAACCGACACGUGUUCAUCAACUCCACCAUCCACGUGGCACGCCAAUACGGAUUCGACGGUCUCGAUUUGGACUGGGAAUUCCCGGAAAACGAGGUCGACAUGUCUAACCUAGGUAUCUUGUUUCGUGAAUGGCAUCAAGCUAUAACAUUGGAAGCACAGGCUUGCAGAAAACCGCGUCUGCUUUUAACCGCCGCGGUUUAUUACGCUUCCACCAUUAAACUUAUCGGUAAUGGGCCACGAACAUAUCCGGUUCAGGCCAUUCGCGAUUACUUGGACUGGGCCAGCCCAAUGUGCUUUGACUACCACGGGACUUGGGCCAAUUUUACCGGCUUCAAUGCUGCUUUGUAUGAUCCAAACUCCAACAUUAGUACCCGGUACGGAAUCGGGUCUUGGAUCAAAGCGGGUGUGCCAGGGCAGAAGUUGGUUAUGGGUUUACCAUUAUAUGGGCGGGCAUGGGCGCUCCGAGACCCGAAUGUUAAUGGGGUUGGAGCAGAGGCUGUUGGGGAAGCCACUGAUACUGAUGGGACUAUGGAUUAUGAUGAAAUUUUGGUGUUCAACAAAGAAAAUGGUGCCACUGUUGUGUACGAUGAUGUAGCUGUGUCUUUCUACUCUUAUGCGGGUACUACUUGGAUCGGGUACGAUGAUGGAGCAUCCAUAAGGAAGAAGGUUCAGUUUGCUAGGGCUUCGGGCUUGAAGGGCUAUUUCUUUUGGGCUCUCGGAAAGGAUAAGGAUUGGACCAUCUCAAGACAAGCUUCGAAUGCAUGGGGACAUUGAUGUUUCUUUGUUUGAGUAGAUAGAAUUUCACUCAAAUCUCAAACCUUAGUUGAUACACAAUUCUCAUAUUCCGAUUAUGGUGUUACCCUACUUCAAUAACAAUGCCAUUGUAACAUUCUUGAGUA